UGAUACAGAGUUUUUUCAGCUCUUGUCAAGAGUUGAUCAUCAUCAUGCAGUUCUUCGCUAUUAUCGCCCUCAGUUUGCUGAUUCUGAAUCCUGUCACUGCUCGCCGGCAAUGUGCCUGUAUUUUGCUUUAUGCUCCUGUCUGCGGCAGCGAUGGCGUAACAUAUCCCAAUGGUUGCGUACUGGCCUGUGCUGCUAAGGAGGUGCCACUGACCGUGGUACACAAUGGACCAUGUUAAAUAUUGGACCCAAAUUGGAUGAUAGAAUUGUAUUGCAUUCCAAUAAACAUUAAUUCAAACAUCAGAA